ACAUUGAAAGGCACACUAAAUGAACUAAGUAACAUUAUUGGUGGAAUUAGAUGUUUAGUUUAUUUACUUACUUUCCUGCUUAUUAUAAAUGAACUGCCUGUUUGUCUGUCGAUCAUAAAAAUUCAUAUUCAGUUUCCCUGAUUGAUUAACACAAUAUUUUUAUUAACGGGUCAUUUUCUACUACUGUAAACAACGAGAAUGGCGUUGCUUUCAUUCAUUAUCACCUGGUUACUGCUUUUUCAACAGAAGAACAUAAAUGCCGAAUACUACACUGCUGUUAUUGAUAUAACGAAAGCAUGGAGGUUAAGUCAAGAACUAGUGUCCGAUCUAAAUUCUUACAUUGCCCUUGAAGAGAGACGUCUUAAUCGUAUUCGGAAAGUUGUCAAAGUGUUGGAUGCUAAUGGAUCAAUUAGUGACGCCUCGUCAACACUAAGUCAACAGAAUAAUGACCUAGAAGAAUAUUUAGGCAAUCCGAUUAAUGCUUAUCUUACAAUGAAGCGUCUUUCAUCAAGUUGGAAAUCACAAAUCAGUCAACUUGUUAACAAUGUACCAAACGGUUUUCAGAAGGGUGAUACUGAUGGGUCAGACUAUUUAAAUAUUUCUGAUGCUCAAAACACAAUCACAAUGAAUACAAUUCGAUCACGUGUUAAACAACAUACAGAUAUGCUACCUGGUGAUAAUGAUGUCAGUGGUGCAGUAGAUGCAAUUCUACGCUUACAGUCUACAUAUAAACUACCAGCUAGACAGCUUGCUUACGGUCAGUUAGUUGAUAAUCUGUCAACUCCUCAACUGAGUGCUGCUCAAUGCUUGGAAGUAGGUAGACAUGCCUAUUCACAGGGCGAUUUUGAACAAUCAGAAGAAUGGUUUCGUGUAGCCUAUGAUCGGUUAUUUGAUGAGUUAGAACAGAAAAAAGAGGUUGAUGCACAAGGAACUACCAUCGCAAGUGACGAAACUGAAGAAAAUGGAGAAACUGAACCGACAGUUGGACAAAUUUUAGACUAUCUUGCCUAUUCUCUUGGACGACAAGGAAGAUAUGCUGAAGCACUGAACGUGACACGUUUGCUAAUCGAAGAGGAACCGACGAAUACAAGAGCUAUCAAUAAUGAAGCCUUCUAUGUAGAACAAAUCGACAGAGGUGAAGGAAGAAUAGGUCCAAAUCCUCGUUCUCAAGCUACAUCAAAGCACGAUCAAGAAACUGAGCUAUACGAAUCAUUAUGUCGUAAUGAAAAUCCCUUACCUACAGUCCCAUCACGUCACCUAACAUGUCAAUAUUAUACUCCUCAUGCGUUUUUUAGAAUUGGUCCAAUUAAGGAGGAAACUUUAAACCCUGAUCCACGUAUUGUAAUGUGGUACGAUUUGAUUUUCCCAUCGGAGAUUGAAAAAAUCAAAGAACUGGCUACACCAAGACUUCGUAGGGCGACGGUUAAAAAUCCAGUAACUGGCAACUUAGAGGUAGCAUUUUAUAGAACCAGUAAAAGCGCUUGGCUUCCUCAUUCUAUGACUGAAAUUACUGACCAGAUAAGUCAGCGUAUACGAGCUGUUACAGGUUUGUCCCUUGAGACUGCUGAAGAUCUACAAGUCGGUAAUUAUGGGUUGGGUGGACAUUAUGCUCCACAUUUUGAUUUCGGUCGAAAAAGAGAAAAGGACGCAUUCGAAGUUAAAAAUGGGAACAGAAUAGCUACAAUUAUUUUUUAUUUAUCUGAUGUACAAGCAGGAGGAGCCACUGUAUUUAACCGUAUCGGUACACGUGUAGUCCCUAAAAAAGGAGCUGCUGGUUUCUGGUUUAAUCUUUUGCCAAGUGGAGAAGGUGACCUACGAACUAGACACGCUGCUUGCCCAGUUUUAGCUGGCUCGAAAUGGGUAAUGAAUCUAUGGUUUCAUGAACGCGGUCAAGAAUUUCAUAGGCCAUGUGAAUUAGAGCGUGGGGCAAUUGAAACAGAUGAUGGUUUUUAAAUAUAAUCCAGCUUUAUUCCUUUGAAAAUUAUGCAUCUACUCAAUUAUUUGUUUGUUGUUUUGUUUUAUAUUCAUUAUGUCACUACUAACUAAGCUAAGCAUUGAUGAUUUUGUUAAAUCACUUUCGAAAUGUUUAUUUUCAUUCAAAACAAUAAAUUAGCACAUUAGUGAAUACUUCAAUGUGUAAAAUAUAAUCAAUUUUAAUCGAUUUCUCUUUCUUUGCUUCCCUGCACUAAAUAAUCUGCUUACUUUCUAAAAAAGAAAUGAGCAAUCUACUGGUACAUAUGGCUUAUACAUAUGAUGACUCAUUGUUUAUUAAGCAGUUGAAUUUAUAAUGGAUUUUUUUUCAUAUUCAAAUGGUAAUUGGACGGAAUGUUAAGUUUUUUUUUUACCAUAAAUUGAUUUAUUAGUGUAUAUGUUUCGCAAACUGGAGUUAGUCAAUUCAUCGAAGAAGAAAAACAAAAAGAUAAAAACCAAUUAAACAAAUACCAUUUGAUUUCAGAGUAAUGACUAUUAUCGUUAAAGAAUCCUUUAUACUAUUACACUUUAAAUAUGAUAUACUUAAUAACAGCUCUGCAGGACAAUCAUUUCAUAAUUAGGUUUUGGUAUUGAAUUUGAUAAGUAAAUUUUUAUGCAUUAAUUAUUAAUAAUGAAUAUAUGGUAUCAAUAAUUACUAUUUAAUCUACCUUGUGGUGCUACAAUCAACUGAUAACGGCUAACAGAUCAUGAAAUAAACAUUUGCUGAAUACAUUAAUUCGUUUAAGCCCUGAUUUUCUGCCAUAAUUUCCGGCUGUUUUUUUAAAAAAUUAACUUGACGCUAUAACAAUAGCUUGUAUUCAGAUAAAUUACAAUUAUCUUACCUUUGUUGCCC